AUGGCCGCGGGGGCCGCGGUGCGCAAGGCGGCGCCGGUGCAGGAGGCGCCUCCCCAGCACAAGCAGAUCUCUCACACAAAGCUUUCUGCGGAUGAUGAGUGGAACUUGCAGCAGGAGAGGAUGUACAAGAUGCACCGGGGCCAUGAGUCCAUGCACGUGGAGAUGAUCUUGAUCUUCCUCUGCACCCUGGUCAUCGCCCAGAUAGUGCUGGUACAGUGGAAACGGAGGCAUGGCCGGUCCUACAACCUGGUGACACUGUUGCAGAUGUGGGUUGUCCCUCUCUAUUUCACGAUAAAGCUUUACUGGUGGCGGUUUCUGUCUAUGUGGGGAAUGUUCUCUGUUAUUACCAGUUACAUCCUCUUCAAAGCUACCCGAAAACCGCUCUCAGGGAAAACACCAAGAUUGGUCUACAAAUGGUUUCUUCUAAUCUACAAACUCAGCUAUGCAUUUGGUGUUGUGGGUUAUUUGGCCAUCAUGUUUACAAUGUGUGGAUUCAAUUUAUUUUUCAGAAUCAAGGCUAGAGAUUCCAUGGAUUUUGGCAUCGUAUCCUUGUUCUAUGGCCUCUACUAUGGUGUAAUGGGGAGAGACUUUGCAGAGAUCUGUUCGGAUUACAUGGCCUCUACGAUAGGGUUCUACAGCAUCAGUGGGAUGCCCACGAGGAGCUUGUCAGACAACGUCUGUGCCGUCUGUGGGCAGAUCAUUGUGCAGCUCGAUGAAGAAGGGCUCACUGAGAACACCUACCAGCUCUCAUGCAAUCAUGUCUUUCACGAAUUCUGCAUCCGAGGUUGGUGUAUAGUUGGUAAAAAGCAGACUUGCCCUUACUGCAAAGAGAAGGUUGAUUUGAAGAGGAUGAUCAGUAACCCCUGGGAGCGCACACACUUUCUGUAUGGACAAAUCCUUGAUUGGCUUCGUUAUUUGGUGGCCUGGCAACCCGUGGUGAUUGGAAUAGUUCAAGGCAUUAAUUACUCACUAGGGCUGGAAUAAUACAGCAGACCUACUCUGGAAGCAACGUGUUGUAUGUUGAAAUAUUUUUAAAUCCUUGGUUCUACAUUUAUUAUUGAUAAUCUUUUUUUACUUCAGAGGUGAGCCCCAGAGUUUACAGAACUGAAUAAAACUCAGGGCCCUACAAAAGGCAAUCUGUCUAUGUGGAAAAGAAUUUAAAAGAGAAGCUGUCAAAAGUUCAGAAAAAAACAGAAGUAAAACCAAUGAAUCAGUAAAGUAGUAAUCAGUAAAAGUUUAUUGUGCAUACAUCAAAAAGAUCGUUUGCAAACCAAGA